AUGCAAUUUGACUCGGGGUCAUCCCGAAUAGUCCGACAUGGGAUCAGGACAAACGCGACACGAGUGAAGAUCUCCAACUCGGACCGCACAUAUAGCAGUAAUCUUCAAAUGUACGCUGUUCCUCCAUCCGAAGAGAUCAGCAUAGAAGAAUUUGAUGAUAUCGCUAUAGAACGAGUCAAGGCUUUGAAGGUUGUCGAAGAUGUCAAAGAACGAUUUACAUGGGGUAGUAAUGAUUUCAUGAAUGCUAUGACCAGAGAACUCUCCAAAGUGAUGCCGAUUGCUGCAGGAACUUGCCUGCCGGCUGAUUUGGAGCAAGCUAGACGACGCGACGUCAUCGGGCAUUUCAUUUUACGUCUCGCCUUCUGUCGCUCGCCUGAGUCUACAAAAUGGCUAGUUACUCAGGAAGUGGAUCUUUUCAGAUUUCGCUUCAUGAGUGCAACCAGGCCAAAGAUAGUGAAGUUUUUGGAGGAGAACAAAAUUAAUCUGAAUGUGGUUGAUAAACAGGAACAGGAAGAACUUAUGACGGAAUUGGCGGCAGGUUGUGGUAUCAGCAUUGAUCAGGCCAUGGAAGCAGAAUUUUACAAG